GUAGGUGUUUCACUCUGAAGUAAAAAUAAGUCAUCGCACAUAUUAGGCUGCUUCCGCUGCUUAUAAGUGCACAGCAUUAUUCAAACUAAAUCUCAUUAAAACAUAAAUAAUAUCAGUGUUAAUUUCCCUUAAAUACGGAAAUGUCCCUGGACAUUUUACAACCAUUGGACGAUGACGAAAUUCCUCAACUGCUGGACGUCCUGAGCAAGGACCUGCCUCACAGUGCUUGGAUUUACAAUUUCAUCAAGACGCAAUUUGACUGGGCCCGUAAAAUGAGGUGGGUGCGUCUGUUGGUUUUGUGUCCGUACGGCGACUGGACUUUGGGGACCGUCAUCGCCCUUAAUAUAGGACUGGCGGACGAAUGCAAGAUUUUCGGCGCGAUUCACAGCAUGGAGAGUGACGCGGCGUUGUUGAAAAAGUGUCUCAUGGAGACGGACUCGAUUCCGUGGAGGGCCAUCUCGGACUACGUCACGGUCAGUGAGAGGCACGCCGACGUCUAUCUGGAGGCACUCGAGGCCAAGGGGCUGCGGGUCAAGCACCAGGCCACCUGCGCCGUCGCCUACAUGCCGCCCCAACAAGCUGCAAAUCUUUCACAACCACAAGUGCCGAGCGACGUCCGAAUCGCAUCGUUGGACGCAAAUUUGCAUUUGGAACACGUGUGGCAAAACUGGCCACCGCAUGUUUUCCACCCCGCUUUCAAACCAGUCCUCAAAAUGACAAUCAAGUGCAGCCCUUCCUUUGGCAUUUUUGUCCCCUCCUCUGAAGGGCCGGACGAGUUGGCGUCCGUGGUCGUCCAGAGUGACACGGUGGGACUGGGAAUUCUGCGAACCGCGGACAAGCACCGCCGAAAAGGGUUCGCCAAAAUUCUGCUGGUGCACGCGACGAAAAUGAUGGGCGAGUGUGGCACGGGGCCCCUGGCUUACAUCUCGGCAGAAAAUUCCACAUCGAUCAAAAUGUUCAAGAAAAUUGGAUAUGAAAUUAUUGGUCAGACGCGAUGGAUCUCCAUCAGUGAAACGGAAGCAAAAAAUGAAAUCUGAAGAAUUACCAACGUAUGCAAAAAUCGAUAGGGGUAUACUUAAAACAUUCGGGGAACAGUGAUAGAAUUAUAAGUAUAAUCCACCCCCUAAAUUACGGAGAACAUUAAAAGUUUUUUGUAGUCGAGCCUUGAUUUAACA